AAACCUGAGAAAUGUUGUAUAAAUACAACAUACCUUUUUUAUUGACAUAAUUUGUUUAAAGAUAGGCGAAAGAGAUUAUUGAUUGUGCAACGGGGUUUGAAUGCCUAAAUAAAAUCGGAUGCCAUUACUGAUAAUUUAAAAUUUCCUAUCGAAUUAACAUCCAAUGGUCGUUGAAAGGGAGGAUGUCGAAGUCGAUUUUAAAUGAAGACUGUCAGCGCUUCUUCAGGGUGGGAAUCCUGAUUCUCAAACAUGGAACAGCACUGCUGCAGGUGCUUCUUGAUCUGCAGCUUCAUCAGCUGCAUGUCUCUCUCAGGGAGCUUCUAACUCAAUAUCACCACAAACUCUUUCAUUCAUGGCAGAAAAGUGCUUGCUGUGCUUGCCCUACCCAAAAGGCUUCUUACUUUUCUGGCUGUUUACUAAAAGAACAAUACGAAGAUCUUUUUGUAUUUGUUUCCAAACACGGUCGCGACUGUAGAAAUAUUAAAUCCUCUGUACAUGGAUUAUGCAGCUGUCGAUACGAAGCCAUAAAUGACGUAACCAGCAGAAGUCUGGAUAUCAUCAUUACGUCUAUGCUUCUGCUUAAUUUGGAAAGUUUCCACUUUGAUAAUGACGUCAGAGAGGCAAUAUCUGAGCUACGGAGACUCAGAAAUGAGAUAGUUGCAAAAGGUUCUACCAUGAGUUUCACAGAAGGGGAGUUUAUUUUGUUCUGGAAUCGAGCAAUUCCCUCUAUGACCAAAAUUGCCAAGGAGAUUUCUGAUCAGUGUCUGAAGCAAACAGUUGAAGACAUCCGGGUUCUAAAGGAUGAACCUCUUCAUCUAUAUUCAGCCAUGGUUGUAAUCACCACGAUACGUCACGGCAACCAAAGAGAGAUAUCAUUUUUAAAGGACUUGGAACAUGCACAGGUAUUGCUUGGCGACAGACGUCAAGGUGAACUCUUACCAAUGCUUGAAUUUGGUUUGGAGGUAGUCUGUUCAACUCUUGGUCUUUCUGAUCCUGCACUUAAGGAAAUGCAAAAUUCUAAGUUCUUGCUGCAUAAUGGGAAAAUCCCUGAUCUAAUCAAAAAGCUCUCCAGUCCUUGGAUGAAAAAGCUGAUAAACGCUAGGCUCUUGGUCCAAGAACAGACUGAAAUCUGGCGCGAAGAUCUGUGGUCUUCAGACCCUCUAAGAUCAAAGACAAAUUCAAAUUUAGGAUUCAUAUCGUGCGGUCAAAACAUCAGAAUGUCCAACGAUCGUCGAAGUGCAAUAUGGAAUUUUAUAGAAUCAGAAGGUGUGACAUUCAGUAAUCGAGCAAUGGAGCACUUAGAGCAUGUGCAACUUGAAAUCACAGGAAGUGGGGAGGUCGCCAUCGGUGUAGUAGAAAGUGAUCCGAUGAUUCAAAAGCAACAGUUAUCUUCUUUUUCUACAUAUUCCGAGUUUAAGACUGCCAUCGUUGUGAAAACAUUCGAGUCUUCCAGCCUAGUAAAGUUGUUUCGAAAUUCUGAUGAGUUAGUGAUUUGUUUUGAUAAACAACGAUAUGUGUUAUACAUUGAGCGAGGACAAAAGAUGUGGCUUGUAUUUUACUUGCGGUUUGGAGAUGUGAAAAUUGAACUACACUCCUCGGCAAAUCACGCCAUGAAGUUUCAUGACGUCAUGGGAAGCAAUGUACAGGCGACUGGGGGAAACAAACGUCUGCUAAGUCUAAAACACGUCAACCCACGAUCCGUGUGUCGUCUGAGCAGGCGAAUUCAUUGUGGCGAGGAGGUCACUGUGUGCAUCAGACAAGAGAAACCUACCGAUGUCCAUGCCAUUCCAUGCUACAUUCUUAUAGGCAUCAGUGCUGAUGGACUCCAAAAUGGGUCAUUACAUGACGACCAACCCUUUACUUCGGCAUCUAGGUCGUGGCUCAUAAGAAAGAAAUUAGAUGAGCCAGUAUGUUUCGGAAAGAUCCAAGUCUCUAUGUCUUUUAGUGGAGUACUGACAUUCGUUACCUCAAAAAGUGUAACUGCAACCGUGCAGCUUAGUGAAAGUGAAAGAAAGAUGGGCGUUGCGGUGGUUUUCGAAUUAUUUAGGACAGAACUUGAAAUCGCUAAUUAUAAAAUUAAACGGUAAAACGUUGUUUGACAAAUAUAUUCCUAUGUA